CACUCGACUUGUUCGCCAUUUGCAAGAUUAGACUAUUUUGGGUAUCAAAUGAAAGCAGUUAGAGGUUGAAUGACAAGAACACUACAUUUUUGUAUGUCAGCACACAGAUGAAUAACAGCAAUGGUGAUACUGUCAAGUUAGAGAUCAAUAAGGAAUCAUACUAAGAUAAAAGAUGGGUACUGAAGGAGAAGACAACAUAAAUAUGGGUACUGGAGCAGAAGACGGUAUCAAUCUGAAAAUCAAUGGAGAGGAAUCUUCUGUAGAUGUGGUGUCUCUUGUAGACAAGAAGGAUAUUUCCAAGGAGGACUGUCUCAAACUUGUUCAGUCUAUAUGUAAGAAGCUUGCCAUAGAUGGAGAUGAAAUGAUGUUUAUGACAGUUAAUUUGACACAGAAGACAACCACUUGUGUAGGAUCACAGCUUGGUGUCAAUUUCCUUAACCACAAACUUCAUAUAAGCAAGGAAGAUCAUCCAGACAACCCAAACAUAUCGCAGAUGUUCCAGCAAUUCCUUGAAGAUCAUUAUGAAAUUUCCAAUAUAUGUGAUGACAAACAAAUACCAUUCAGUCCAGCGAGUUCUGUGAUCAUGGAGUCCCCUUCUUACACACCCUUCUCUUCACCACGACCAUAUAAAGCUGUCAAACUACCAAGUAGUAAAUCAGGUAAACUUUUGACCCCCAAAAUUGAAGUGAUGGAAUCUGAUUUUGAUGGUAAUUCUACAGCUACAGACAGUCAGGAAGAUGACAACCAGCUGAGCUUGGAAUCGUAUGUCAACUCUCUGCCACUGACAGAACAAAGCUUUCUGAUAGGAACCCCAAAGGAUCAGGCCAUUCAACAAGUGAUAAAUAACAAUCCUAUUACAAACCAAGGUGUAUUAGCCCGUCUGCUGUCACCAAGUAUUCAAGGUCUCCAAGCAUUCCAGCAAUUUCAAUCACCAACCAUUCCAAAUUCUUCUGCAGUUCCAGUUUUCCAACCACCAGUUAUUCAGAACUCUGCUAACUUCACAGGAUUCCGGUCUCCAGCCAAUCAGAAUACAGCAGAGCUUCUGUUGCAAACCAAUCAAAAUGAAUUUCAUUCUCCAACAACAUUGAAUAUCAGAUCAGUUUUAGCAAGAUUAUUAACACCUUCCAAACAUCAAAUGAAUGCUACACAAAGUCCAACAUCAGUACCAGCUUUUCCAACACCAGCCAGUUUUCAAUCAAUUAAACCACAAACAGCUCAAAACCAGUCUAGUCCAGUUCCAACUCCUAUUAGCCUUCAUCCCAUCCAGCUACAACAGGUUUCAAACCAGUCAGAACCAGUCAAUUCUUUUAUACCUGUUCAACCACCAUCUGAACCAGGGGGUGAGAAACGGUCUACUGGUGGAAAGAGAGGACGAGGCCGUCCUAAAGGGAGUUUUAAGAGAGUUGAGGUACCAAUGGAGAGUGAAACAGACGAAACUGAAAAUGAAGGUGAAAAGACUGAUAAAACAGUGACGUUGCGUAGUGGUCGAAAGGUCAGAGUUCCUUCAUGGAGAAAAGAUAUAUUGGAAGAAUCAUUGAAAAUUAACAGAAAGAAAUUGGAAGAAAUCACAGAUAUUCAGAUCAAGCAGGAACGUAUAUCCCCAGCUUUCCCAGAAACACCAGAAGAAGAUCAGGAUGAGGAUGUUCGUGUAGAGUUUGAUUUUGACAUUCUGGCCGAACUAAAGAAAGAAUCUGAUCUGGAUCCUGACCAGAGUGAUGACUCAAGUUGGUGUGGAACCGUUCACUUGACUUCCGGUGAUGAUUCAACUCCAAAUAGAGUUCCUUUCAAGUUUACAUUUCCCGUUGAAAAGAAACAGAAAUUGGAGGAAAAAGAAAACGAUGCUGUUAAAGUUGUUCAGAAUGAAGAUAUAGAUAUCAGCUAUGACAACACUUUAAGUUCAUUGGGACUUGCACGUAAACGAGCAAGAACCAUCAACAGGUGUCCAGAUUUUACAGGGAGAGGACACAUAUGGAGAUGUGAGGAUGGAAGGUUUAAUUACUACCAAAUGUAUACUGUACAAAAUAUUUCAUGGGGUCGGCAGUUCACUUGCAAAAUAUGUAAACGUGUCAUGCAGGGAAAUGAGAGCUUAAAAACUCAUUGUUUUACCCAUGAAGCUUUUAAUAAACUGCACCCUGUUUGCCAGGCCUGUGACAGAAUAUUUGAUAAUCAUCAAGCAUUGGAAAACCACAUUGGGUUACAUGAGAAGCUUUACUCCUGUCAUACAUGUGAGGUCAAAUUUGUAUCUAAACUUGCACUGAUUCAACAUUUGAACUGGGUUCACAAGGAGAUGUACAGUUGCCCUCGGUGUGACAAAACUUUUACUUCAUCAAAAGAUCUAAGCAACCAUUUAGAAGAAUGUUUUGAUGAAAAAGCCCUAGUCACCAGAGGAGGAGUCAAACAUUUGACCGAGGACUGGAUCGGCAUAAAGGAGGACGGAAAGGUAACUUUCAAAUGUCGCUCCUGUAAAGAUGUCUUUGAGACCGUGGAAGAAUACAAUAAACACAUGCUGCAGCACAAAUCUAAGUUUGUUCAGAAACUGAAUGAAAAGCUAGAAAAAAGUAUGUCAACAGAAAAGCCAUCAACUGAUGUCGAUGACAAAUCCACAACAUGUGAAUUGUGUAAUAAAAUCUUUGAAACUCCCGUUCAUUUGGCAAAACACAAGAAAGCCAAACACAAAAAAGACCAAGAUGAUGAUGAAGACACUGAUGAAGAUGUCUCACCAGAUGCAUAUAAAUGUUCGUCUUGUAAUAUACAUUUCGACUCAGCAGUUGCAUUUUCUCAUCAUUGUAUGAAAUAUCACCCAGACAAUCCUAUGAUUUCAUUGGAAGAUGAUACUGAUUUUCCUUGCAAUUUAUGUUCAAAGAGGAUGCGUACUAAAGAAGGCUAUGAUACUCAUAUCAAGAUGCAUGAUAAUAUGAUGAAGAAACAAUGCAAAAUGUGUGGGACUUUCUUACAUCAGGAGGCUAGCAUUGAUUUACACUGCUGUGUGAAAGAAGAUUCGGAAUUUACUUGUGAAAAAUGCUCUCUUUGUUUCUAUAACCAAGGCUUUCUUGCUGGGCAUCAGCAUCAUGUACAUGGCAAACCACUUGAGGAUAUCAAGGUCAAGGACAAUGACACAGGUCAGCCGAUUUGUAACAUUUGUGGGAAGAUUUUCAAAAAAGCUUCUGAUUUGGAAGGACAUAGGUCUAUUCAUACGGGAGAAUUGCCAUUUGUUUGUCAUUUGUGUCAUAAGAGUUUCCGUCUGCGUUCAACCCUGAAAACUCAUCUGAUGACUCACAGGGACUUCCAUGAAUUCAUGUGCGAGGUCUGUGGGCGAACGUUUAAACUUAUUGAAAGCUUAAGACUACAUAGACGCCUUCACAAUAAAACUUGCUACUUCAAAUGUAAACACUGUCCAAGAGAGUUCAGAGCUUACGAUGGACUGAAAUACCACAUGCUACAAUGUCACAAAGAUGAAGUGAAAGGAAAAAAGUUGAAAAUUUAUAAAUGUGAACAUUGCAAUAAAGAUAUGGCCACUCAUCAACAAUAUGUCAGGCAUGUCAGCAUCCAUACCAAUGAAAAACCUUUACAAUGUGAUCAGUGUGGUACUCGUUGGGCCACCAUCUCACAACUUAAUGCACACAAGAAAAAACACAACGCUGAAAAUUUGAAGUUUGCCUGUGAUGUCUGUAAUAUUAAAUUCCCAAUUCUUUCCAAACUUAAGCGCCAUGUGAAAACUGCCAAACAUAUUGAUAAUUGUAGAAUUCAGACUUUACCAAUAGACACUGUCCGUCUAGAAGAGGAAACAGGGGCUGAUCCACCGCAGAAUACUAACCGCAUUAUCACUGAUGUUACUGACAUAGAAGAGAAAGUAGAGAUUAUGUUUUAUGAAAUAAAUUUACCAGAAGAUGAGAACUCCCUUGGUGAGGAGACUUCAAUGAUUUACGACAUAUCUGUUGUUCCGGAGAACCAGAAUGGUGCACUGUUUGAAGCAUCAACUUCAAAUGGCUCUGGAACAGACUUGCAGGUGGCUGCCAAUAUGUCUGUUGUAGGGAGGUCAAAUAAUAGCUCACAGUUACAGCAAACUACAGUGAAUGCUAUUACAGGAAGUGGGAAUUCCAGUAGUAAUGCUGAAUUGAAAGAGGCCAUUGGAACAAUUACAGGGAACACAAAUUCCGAAAAUGUUAAUGUUCAAAUACAGCAGGCUGUAGUAGAAGCUAUGGCGCAAGCAAUAAAUUCAGACAAUGUGAGUUCAAGUCAGGUAGACAAGUCUGUAGUCAGUACUGUUAAAAGUAAUGUUAAUUCAAAUAGUGUUUUAGAAGUGUCCCCAGUUAGGGCCUCAGCUGUUACUCAGGGUAUAGAUCAUAUGACAAAAAUUGGGGCAGUAGCUGUCAAAUUGAAUGCAGAAGUAGACAGAAUUUCAGCAGUAACAAAUACUGAUAAAUAUAAUACAGAUCUACAAUUAACUCAGAGUUAUGACACAACUUCUGACACUGAAAACACUGAUCUUAUAAGUACAGAAGGGUCAGCUACGGAAGUUGAUUCAUGAUGUUAAGAUGAUUUAUAGUUUCUGAAUUUUUUUGUUUCUUUUUUAAUUUGUUUAGUACCAUGUUGAGAUCACACCAUACAUUAUGAUUCAUUUUAAAUUUCUGCUAAAAAAAAUUUAUUUUUAAGAGAAUGAUAUUUCAUUUGAUUUUUUUGUUAAAACUUUCAUAUAUACCCCACAUAUCUUUUAUUCAUAUUUCAUUAACAAAUUGUUAAAAUAGACUAAAAAAUUACUGAAUUAAAUUUUUAAUUUUGAUUUAAAUUUUAAUUUUAGUAUAUUAUUUUGAUAAAUAAGGACCUAGUAUGAUUUGGCUUAGUUCAAAGUUUGUUGUAUAAUUUUUUUGAGUGUUUUUUUUAUAGAAUGACACAACAAUUUGUUUAUUCUCAUCUGAUAUAAAAUUUUAAAUAUGGGCACGCACACCAGCUUUUUCUUCAUUUUUUUUUUAUAUGGAUAUUGGACCUUUUCUACCCAUUUAAGAUGGUAGUGUGCAAAAUUUAGAGGUGGAAAAUUAAGCUUAUUUUUUGUAUUUGAUAUUUGAGUGGACGGCCAUGAUGGAAAUGCCAAUAAAGACCCAACUUGAGCUGUAGUGCAAGAUCAAGAACAAGAACUUUGUUUUAUUUUUACAAUUUUUGUUUAAAUUUAAUUUUAAGAAAAUUAUUUUCUAUAAACAAACAAUAAUGAAUCAAUUUUUUAUAACAUUUGCAUUUUAUGCGAUACAUUGUACAUUUGUAAUAAUUUUUGAAUUGAGAAAAAUGUUGUCUGUAUGUUUUAUUUUGUUGAAUGAUAUUACAUAUUUGUAUAUUGUUUUGUUUUGUGAAUAUCUUAUAUGUUUAUAAGACUAAAUGUUCAAAAGGUUCAUGCUGUACAAGAAAUUAUAAGGGUGUUCAAAUGUUUUUCUAUUAGUUUAAAUAAGAAUUUAGAGAGAGUUUUGAUGGUACAUAUUUUUGAAGUUUUGAAAUGUAUAUUUUUGCUGUUAAGAUUUUAUAUAUAUAAAGAAUAAAAUUCAAAUUGUUGUAGAAAUGGGAAAAACAGUAUUGCAUAAACUAUCGCUCAAGUGGUUCUCGUCAUCUUCUCCUGUCCAUAGUGGAAUUUAGCACAAAGAUUUUGAUAUGCCACUAAUUUUUUUUUAUCAUAAAAAAUGCUCAAGCACAAUACUGUGGAUUCAUUAUUAUUUGUUGAAUACCAAUUUCUACGGAUUUUCUGGGUGACAAAUUUAAAUGUUCAAAGAAGAACAAAUUUUCUAUAGGCUUGUAUACAGACUUUUGCAAAACCACGAAAUCGAAUAUUCCAAAAAAUGAAUCCUCAGUAGAUCAAACUAAGCUGGUCCAUAAAUGUAGUGGACAUACCACUCAUUUUCUUUCAUCAUAAAACCUACUCAAAUAUAGUACUUUAAAAAUGAGUAAAGUUUUUUUUUCACAAUCUAAUUUUAAGAACGGGAUAUCUGAAUUUAAUGGACAGAUGGAGAUGACUGUGGUAAAUCCACCUAUGGUAUAGUGUAUACUGAACUGGCUGUUUGUAAUCCACCUUUUGUAUAGUGUAUACUGAACCGGCUGUUUGUAAUCCACCUUUUGUAUAGUGUAUACUGAACCGGCUGUUUGUGUUUUGUUAGUGAAAUUGUUAUAAUUUUAGCAAAUUAAGGCAAUGGUGUAGUAUACAUCGAGGAGAUGGCAAACAUGCAAUUCAGGAAUAUACAUGUAUCUUCCUCAUACAAAUGUCUGAUUCCUUGUGUGGCUUUGUAUUACUUUUGGAUUUUAAAUAUUUUGGCCUUGAGCAUUUAUUGUCAAAAUAUACAUCUGAUGAUGCAGUGAAAUUGGUACCAAUUAUGAUAUUUACUUAAACAGCACUGCAUUUCUGAUUUAAAGUGUUAUCUGCCCUUACCCAGGUUUCCUCUUAAAUUGUACACGUUUAAUUCCAUUUUGAGUUUAUUUCCUUUUCGUGCUCAAAUUAUAACUUAAGUUAUAAUUGUUAUUUUUAUUCCUGUAGAAUAAUGUAAUUUUGUUUAUACUGUGAAAAGAGUGCAGUAUUUGUGGUUUAAAUGUAAAAGGUUUUGAUUUUUAUACUCUAUGAAUAAGAGUGAUUUUCAUGUGUUUUAAGGGUUAAAUGUUUUGAUAUUAUCAUGAUAUAUCUAAACACAUUUAGUUUUAACAUACACAUAGUGUAAAUGAUUUUUUCUGUGAAUUUUGUCUUUUUCUGUGGUUUCAUUAUUAUUCGUAGGAUACCAACUAUCAUGGCCAAAUUCAAAAUAAAAAGAUAAUGACAAAAUCCAACUAUCGUUAUGAUCUUGUAUUUGUUGAUCUAGAUUAACCGUUACAAUUUUCUAUAGGCUUGAAUGAUGACUUUUAAAAAAAUUAUGAAAUCAAAUGACAACGAAAACACAAUUUUACCUCAAUCCACGAAAACUUGUACUCGUUAAAAAAUAAAUGUUGAAUAGACUGUACCCUGUGAAAUGUGAAUUUGUAUUUAAAAUCAGUUUGUCAAAUUAAGACACUGCUACAUAAAUGCACAUUUCAUACAGGACAAAUAGGUUGUAAAAACGCCCAAGGAGGUUGAUAUUUUGUGUGUUGAUGCAACAUUAGUAUAAUGUAAAAAUAUUUGUUAAGGAUAUCAAAUUAUGAUUUGAGACAGAAGAAAAUGUUUUUGGUACUUAAUUAAUAUCAAUGUCAAAGUAUAUUUUUUCCUCCUAACAGAAGUUCCUUUUGCAACUUUAUUUUAAAUAAUGCUGUGAUAUCUGUUCCUGUUUAUUCUAAGAAAAAUUCUAUACCCUUUUUUUAUACGCCCGUUUACGGGACGUAUUAUGGUAUACCGUUGUCCGUAUGUCGGUCUGUCCGUCCGUCGUUAACAUGUCGGACAUUAACUCAAAAACGCUUCAACCAAUUUGCAUAAAACUUUGGUGAAUUGUUCAUAUCUAUUGAUGUGAGCUCCCUUUUGUUUUUUAUAAAAUUUAGAUUUUACGUUUCUGAGUUAUGGAGUUUUAUUCAUUAAAAAAGGGGGGAUUUUCCAGUUUUCGGACAAUAACUCAAAAAUGCUUUCACCAAUUUGCAAGAAACUUUGGUCAAUUGUUUAUAUCUAUUGACAUGAGCUCCCUUUUGAUUUUUAUAAAUUUUAGAUUUUAUGUUUCCGAGUUAUGGAGUUUUAUUGAUAAAAAAAAGGGGGAUUUUCCAGUUUUCGGACAAUAACUCAAAAAUGCUUUCAGCAGUUUUCAGGAAACUUUGGAGAAUUGUUUAUAUCUAUUGAUGUAAGCUCCCUUUCAAAUUUUAUAAAUUUUAGAUUUUACAUUUCCGAGUUAUGGGAUUUUAUUCAUAAAAAAGGGGUGAUUUUCUAGUUUUUUGACAAUACCUUUAAAGUGCUUUGAGCAGUUUUCAUUAAACUUUGGUGAUUGGUUUAUAUCAAUUAAGAUAACCUUCCUUUAGUUUUUUCACAAAUUUCUGAUAUGACAUUGAGAACUUAUUUAACUUUAUUUUUAAAAAAUGCGACGGGCGUAUCAUGCGCUCAUGGCUCAGCUGUUUAUUGUCAAUCUGAUAUUGAAUUGCACAUCCUGUGUCCAAGCUUUGCUUACAAGGAACUGGAAAUGCUCUGUUCUGCUUUUUGUUUUAAAGACCUUUCAGGAUCCUCUGAUUUUGCCUUAGUGAUACACAACAUCAAAUUUGGCAAUGUUUGAGCCACAGAUUUGGAAAUGUUUAGUACAACACAUCCAUUCUGUAAGGUGAUGUGGAUAUUUAUAGAAAUAGAACUCUUCCUUGUGCAUUCUUGGAGAAAUAAAGAAAUGAUCAACAUUAAAAAUCAAGAGUAAUGUUUGAGAUGAAAUCCAUGUUUUUGUCUCGCCUUGACAGAGUCAAAAAGCGAGACAUAGGUAUGCUGUUUCUGGUGGCGGCGGCAACAAUGUGUUAGUUUGUGAUUAGGUCUAGUUUUUGGUAAACCCGAAGUGGUAAGUCAAUGAUAUUUGGUAUGCAAUUGUAUUAGCAUUGGCACAUCUCAUUUCUAUGGAGAUUAUGUGGCCCUGCCCCCUCAGUCAUGGUCUAUUGACUUUGAAACUUUUGCUUAGUUUACUUGUAUUAGCUUGUGAUUAGGUCAGUUUAUAAGGAACCACUAGUGGUAAGUCAAUGAUAUUUGGCAUGCAGUUGUAUAAGCAUUGGCAUAUUUCAUUUCCAUGGAGAGUAUUUGGCUCUGCCCCCUUAGUAAUGGUCUAUUGACUUUGAAAAUUUUGCUUAGUUUACAUGUAUAAGUUUGUGAUUAGGUCAGUUCAAGGGGAACCAUUAGUAGUAGGCCAAUGUUAAUUGGUAUUCAGAUGUAUAAGCAUUAGCACAUCUCAUUUCCAUGGAGAAUAUUUGGCCCCGCCCCCUCAGUCAUGGUCUAUUGACUUUGAAACUUUUACUUAGUUUACAUGUAUUAGUUAGUGAUUAGAUUAGUUUAAGAUGAACUAAAUGGUAUGCAAAUUUAUUGGCAUUUGCAAGUAUCGCUUCCAUGGAGAUUAUAUAGGCCCACCCCCUCAUCAUGGUUCAUUGACUUUGAAACUUUCACAUAGUUUACAAGUUAAUGUUUGUGUUGGUUUGUUUAAAGGAGACAACUUAUAAUAAGUCAAUGGUAUUUGGUAUGCAGUUGUAUUAGCAUUGGCACAUCUCAUUUUCAUGGAAAUUGUUUAGCCAUGUACCUUCAGUCAUGGUUCAUCUACUUUGAAUAUUUGCAUAACUUACUUGUUAAAGUAUUGCUAUUUUAAUUUCAACAUUUGCAUUAUCAAAAUUACAAAAAGGCGAGAUAUAUCUCUGUGAUAACAGCUAGCUAGUUUAUUAUUAUAAUUUCAGCAUUCAUUAUAUUAAUUGUUACACAUGUGGUGGGAUUGAACAAGCUAACCAUGAACAUCUCAAUCUAACACUUACAAGUAGCUUAAAGUACAUUCAGAUCUGUUAUUGUUUAUACACUGUCAAUGGUGUUUUUAGAUGAAGUGUAAAUUUACUGCUAUUAUUGUAAAUCUUUCAAGAAAUUAUAUAUUUUGUUUAAAGCAUACAAAAAAGAAAUAAACUUCUAAUUUGAAUAUAAAAAUACUUUGUUGUUUAUAGAAUUUGACUAUAGAAUGCAUAUUGAAGGAAGCACAAAGGGAGAUAAUAUUGUCGUUUACAAAUUUAUAGAAUUCUUUUUUAUAUGAACAUUAUAUAGCAAUAGAAUUGACCAUGAUUUGUUUUUUGGUGAAAAUUGUUAUCCAUUCCAUUGUAUACGCUCAUCUUAUAACUAAUGGUAAAACUAGAUUGGUAGUUUUUAAAUUUUGUUUAAAUAUAUCAUUUUUUUCUGAAUUAUUGGUUUAAUUAUAUUGAUAACUUUGAAUAAUUAUUAUCAAAUUUACUUUUUAAAUAAAAUUUUUGAAUAUUUUAAUAA